GUAACAACACCAUCACCUACCUUCAACCUUCAACCUUCGUUACUAGUUCAGACUACCGGACGCCUGCGUCAACACACGACUGUACCGAUACAUUACUCCUUCUGUCGAUCAUGGCAUAUGCAGGACCUACCUCACUCAUCAUCGAAGACGUACCACUCGACCCCAUCACUUCCUUGGGCGACAUUGAGCGACAUUUUACUGGCGCCGAGGGCUACAUUGGAGCAAAGAUUUCAAACACUCGUUUGAACAGCACCGCUAGGAUCGUGCAGAACUUCGUCUUUGAAUUCUCCUCAGCCGCGGACGCAGCCCAGGCCUUUCAAUCACGUAGGAUCAUCACAGUUGCUGACCGCGCGUAUACUGUCAUACCGAACGGCGGCUUUUUUGAUGCCGAGCGCCAUGUCGAAGACAACGUGCAGCCAAACCAGGACCAGCCCAACGCGGGUAAUGUUAAGAAAGAACCCACAGAUGCUCUUAAAUGUAGGAUCUGCAUGACGGAGUUUCAGGAUUCAGCCCGUGUAGUUCCGUGUCUACAGUGUAAAGCCCCGCGUUGCCAUGAUUGUUUGAAGGCCGAUUUCAAGGCAGCCAUGGAGGACAUGGACAGGAUGCCACUCAGAUGCUGCGAAAAGGUCAUUCACUUCGACACUGCCCGCGGAAUUCUGUCUCCGGCCGAUCUCGAAGCCUACAAGUCCAGGUUUGACGAGCUCAACACCAUAAAUCCUCUCUACUGUCCGGUUCCGAAAUGCUCAAAGUUUCUAUCUCCUAGAACAUUCGAUGGAAAAAGUUCCGAGGUCACCUGUCCUGCUUGCGAUACCAGGGUGUGCACAAAUUGCAAACAGAUUGCCAACGAAGGACACUCUUGUUCAGGGGAUUUCGGGCGCGAACUUAUACUUGGCAUCUUCUCGUACAAGACCUGCCCAAAGUGCGGAAUGGGGGUGGCAAAAAUGUUCGGCUGUCCACACAUAAGGUGUAGGUGCGGUGCACACUGGUGCUGGGACUGUCAACGCCCUUUGUACGCUUGCUACGAGAGACCUUGUCGCACAGCCCGAGAAAACGGCAAUGGUCCCCAAGAAGACUCCGAGGUUGAGGCCGAUACCAAUCUUGAUGACGACGAUGAGCCCGAACCUGAGGGACCCAAUGUGUCACGAGAUCAAGAAGCCAAUGAAGCCAUCACUGAUGGGGCCCAUACCCACAGAGACUUUGACUCGGUCCACAAUGGCCUUGAGCAGUCUUCCGAACCGGCAGACAACCCAGGAUUCGCAGCGCUACUAAUAGCGAUAGACAUACGCGACGUUCAGUCAGACACAGCAAAGGAAGAGAGCGGUGAGCAGGGAGGAGCCCAGGACAUCGCCGCCCAUGUCGCCUGUGGAGAUGGUGGUCCCACGACGGUUCCGGGUGGUGGUCCAUCUGCAAGCGACGGCAUACACCAUACAGUUGUCGUCGUGGGACCAAACGGUGGUGGACGUGGCAAUAACACCAUCAUGGCCAACGAGGCCCUCCAACCACAGACACAAGCGACCGCCGGAACGUCAAACACGCAGGAACCUGCAUCUUCUGAUGCUAUAUCACCGUCACUUCCCGAAUUCGAUGACAACGCGACUCCAGAUUUGGACGACCCUGACUUGGAAGAUUGGGAGGAAGACUUUGAUCUCGGGAACGAGCCUCGGGACGAGCAAUGGGACGUCUGGGGCUGUAGGCACCGCUUUCAAACCUUCAGCACUGCUGGGAUUCCCGAUUUCUGGCUGGUCGGGGUCGAUGCCCGCAAGGACGACCGAGUCGAGAUCGAAUGCAUGUCAUGUUUUAAGAAAGUGGCCGUCUUGAAGGAUGAUUGCGGGUCGAAGUCGGAUGGUAGCAGCAGCCCCCCAGAAACUCAAGACCAGCCCGGUGUCGUCGUCCAAGUCAAAAAGUCGGGCACGUGGAAGUGCAAACUGUGUGGAGUCAUCUACUGUAAGCGGUGCGUAAAGGUGGCGAAGAAGCGUAUCAUGCGUGAACGGAUCUCUGCAGAUCAGUGA